UUACCUAGAAGAUUGCUGCCGUAACACCGGUAUAUUCUGGAUACCACCUAUAGAAGCUAUGAAUCAAUGUGAAUCUUCAAUUUGGUUUAAAAAUGGGGCCUGAGAGGCUAAUACAGCCUAAACGUGCAUUUACUGCACUUGAUCCCUUGGUUUUAAAACUUCCCAGUUUUGCGUCAAAUAAAGUAAACUGAUGAAUGAAGCACUCAUUUACAUCUAGUAUGGAGCAGUUUAGCAGAGAUAUAAAUGUUAAAUAAGUGUUAUUGAAGGCCAUGCAUUAAGCCAGCAUGCAAAUAUGUAAUGUGCCAAAUGACUCAUAACCUGUAUACUAAACGAAUGAAAAGUAAUAAAUUGUUACGUGUUUCACUUACUUUUAUACAUUUCAUAUUUCAGAAGCCAGUAAAUUAGGAAAUAAUUCAACAAAAAUAAAACGAAUACGAAAAAAUCAAUAGUCUGUGAAUGUCAUGUAAUUUCACACGAAAUCCCACUGUUAAUUGCAACCUCCGAGUGUCACUGUGUAGUAAACAUUUGCGGUAUUAAAAUGAACUUAAAUUGGGAAACUGCAGGCGAUUUUCACUGAGGAAAACUGGGAACCACACCAAGAGAAUCUAUCGGCCAGAUUCUGACAUUUUAUUUGAAAUUUCACAUAUGUCAAACUCAUUAACGUCCGAAGGGAACUAGCAACCUUUAAGUCCGAUUUGCGUGGCUUUUUUAGCUAAAAAAUCAUUAAAUUUGAUUGUUGAAUUCAGAUACACCUCCAGCCUCAAUGCGGUUCAUUUGCUAUGUAGAUUUAGGGGGUUUUACUGCAAUUUGCUACGCUGACAAAGGGCACACGGCACUGCUUUAUGGGGUUAUACUGUUUGAGGACAAAAUUUCAGACAUAUCGACUUCUGACAGAUAAGUGAAGGAAAAUGUUAAAAUAUCGAAUAUGUAAAACAUAGAAUAAACUUGCAUAAAAAGUCCACAUAUUUCAAACACCCCCGUCAAUUUAAAGGAGCCAGAGAUGUUACUGGGGAUAAAUUAGAGAAAUGGCCGAAUUAGAUGAUCCCCCAAACGACCAACACUUUUGCUUAAGAUGGAACAACUUUCAAGCCAACAUCACUUCUCAGUUCGAUAUUCUGAGGUGCAAUGAAGAUUUCACCGACGUAACAAUUGCAUGCGAAGGACAGAGAUUGCUUGCACAUAAAGUGGUCCUUUCGGCAUGCAGUCCAUACUUCAAGGAACUCUUUAAGACCAACCCUUGCUCACAUCCGAUAGUCUUUAUGCGAGAUGUGGAGGCUCGCCACAUAAUCGCACUAAUGGAAUUUAUGUAUGUGGGCGAAGUAAACGUAUCGCAGGCUCAUCUUUCCGCUUUCCUCAAAACUGCAGAGUCUCUCAAAAUUCGAGGACUCACGGACACUUCUUCUGAUGCGGACCAUCAACCGGAAGACAGCGGUUUGUACAUGAAACCGCAACCAUUAAGGGCAUUUAGAAAUAGCAUUCUAGUCAAUAAAACCAAAGCAAAGAACUCCCAAGUCAGUGCCGCAGGCAUUACAACUUCUAGUCAGGAUGUUCCAAUAAAUAUUGAUGGAACCACGCCAAAUAUCGCAAGCCCUGCGACGAAAAGGAGCAAACCAGAGACUGAAAUUAGAUUAAGGAAGGAAGAGUCAAUGACAGUGAACCCAUUUGCGCUGCAGAGCGAAGCCGGCAGCCCUUUGGAGUUGCUGCCCAAAGUUGAACUUCCCGAAUACAACAGCGAUGAUGACAAUGAACACGACGAUAAUUCGAUGAUUUUAUUUCCUUCUGGAAAUGGAAACGCGGAUCUAACAGGGCCGAUUGAUGUUAAACCGCCGGCUUCAGCCUUUAAUGGCAAAGACAUCGGAUCCGAUCUAAGCCCGCAAGGUUUUAGACUGAGGCGGAAAAAACUGUCCGAAAAUUGGUUGCCGUAUGCUUUGCACCAAUCAGGAAGCGGCGGCGCCAGCUUCUACGACAUCUCUCCAAGACUGUUCGAGAAAAGAGAGCCUGAGAGACGAGCGAAAUUGGUGAAACUUGGGGACGGCAUUGAAAUCCAUGAGGAUCAACUGCGGAGCAUCAAAUGGAGCGACUAUAGAAAACUGACCAGAGGAUUAGCGACCAUACUGUUCAGCCCUGCGGAAUUAGCCACCUGCUCGGUCACAGGGCAGAGAUGGAGUCGAGCAGGAAACGGGGAACGCCCGGUUAAACCAGCCCUUGAUAGAGCCAAAGUGCAAGCCAUCAUUUCAUAUGUUGCAGCCAGGUUUCCCAUGGUGGAAGUAAGCAGGAUAAAGCAGGUGUUGGCCUACAAGUGCAAGGAAAACUCCACCGCCUUUAAAAUGAAAGCUGUCCGCUAUUAUGGACAUGGGGAGAAACACAGCAAUUGAGGUGGUUCUUUAGUGAUAUAAAUGUUGCCAAAACCAGGAAAGAACGUGUCAAAUCUUAGUAGCUUUAGAAUGUGUUUGACCAAAGUUUUACUCAGUGCAAUUUCACUUAUGCAGGGUGAAUCAAUGGAAAGUCUGUACUCUAUUUAUGAAUCCUCGAUUGAGUUAGAAAAAAAUGCUCCUUAAUUUGUGGGCUACUAAAAUGAAACAAAUUAGAAAUCGACCUUCUGGACUUUUUCCUGUUGCCACCCUCUAAGCCGAUAUCUGUAUUAUAUUGUUAGUAUUCAUUGUUGCUUGUUUUUGUAUGUUUUGAAAGUCAAAUAAAAUCUAUCUAAUAUUUAUCA